AUGACGACAUGGCGACGAGUAAACGAUGAGGAGCAAUGGCAGGGGAUCAAGCAAGCAGUAGCUCUGGGCCUGGCCAGUCUGUUUGUAGGAGCAGCAUGGAUGGUUUCAUCGCGCGAGACUUCAUGCGAAGCCAAAGUAGAUGACGAUGAGGACAAGUUCACUCCAGAGGAGAGGAAGGCGCUUCCAGCUCCAGGGCAAGUGAACAACCUCAAGCUAUACACCAAAGCCGAAGUUGCUCAGCAUAUCAGCAGAGAGGCAGGAGGCAUCUGGGUGACUUACAAGGACGGAGUGUAUGACAUCACCGAGUUCAUCGAAAGUCACCCAGGAGGAGCAAGCAAAAUCCUCCUGGCCGCCGGCAAGGCCAUCGAUCCGUACUGGAACAUCUUCCAGCAGCACUUCAGGACAGGCUUCCCUCUCCAGCUCCUGGAGUCCAUGAGGGUUGGCUCCUUGGCCCCAGGAGAGUACGUGGAGGAGAAGCAGGCGGAUCCAUACGCGGUGGAUCCCAUCCGAGACGAGAGGCUGAUACUGCACAACUCGGCCCCUUGCAACGCUGAGAUACCGGAGCACUACAUCAUGGAGUCCUACCUCACCCCCAACGAGUUGUGGUUCGUGCGGCAUCACAACCCCGUUCCCAUCAUCGACCCCAACAACUACACGCUGACAAUCAAGGGCAAGCUGCAAGAGAAGUUUCCCAAGCAUGAGGUUGAUGUCACGAUCCAAUGCUCCGGGAACAGAAGGUCCCACUUUGAUGGAGUCAAGAAAGCUCAGGGUAUCCCUUGGAACAUGGGAGGAGUGAGUACAGCCCGGUUUGGAGGAGCGAGGUUGAAGGAUGUGCUGGAGUAUUGCGGUGUCAAAGAUCCGGAGAAGAACGGAAUCCACCAUGUUCAAUUCAUAUCACAAGAUGAGAUGCUUGCAUCUAUUCCCAUCGAGAAGGCGUUCUCGUAUUCGGGUGAUGUUCUACUCGCCUACGAGAUGAACGGAGAAGAAAUUCCGACAGAUCACGGCUAUCCUGUUCGAGCUGUUGUUCCGGGAUACGUUGGUGUUAGAAAUGUGAAGUGGGUGAAGGAGGUCUUCGUCUCAGAGCAAGAGGCUGAGGGCCCGUGGCAGAGAGGAGUUGCCUACAAGGGGUUUGCUAGCAACAUCACAGACCUGCAGCACCUCCCAACUCACGUCAUCGAGCGGGCAGCUCCAGUGCAGGAGCCGCCAGUCACGAGUCUCAUCGUUCACCCUGCUAACAACGCUAAGGUUCACUCUCAAACGCUCGAGGUGAGACGCGAGGACGUGCGCGUGCGAGUGACCGGGGAGCAGCUCAAGGGAUGGGCGUACAGCGGCGGAGGACGAGGCAUCGUUCGGGUGGAGGUCUCGAUCGAUGGAGGGAAGUCUUGGCACACGGCAGAGCUGAAGGAGGGGUCAGAGCAGAAGCUCACGAGGGCAUGGGCGUGGACCUUCUGGAGCGCGAAUGUUGAGGUUCCUAAAGAGCUCCAAGGAAAGAGCAGCGAGAUCAUGUGCAGAGCCACCGACGCGUCAUACAACUCGCAGCCCGAGCACGCGUCUUCCAUCUGGAACGUCCGUGGGCUGUGCAACACAGCAUGGCAUAGGAAGACCGUCCACUUUGACUGA